AUGAUUCCACAUUUGGACCCUGGGAUGGUUUCUUCAACCGUUGAUCCUGAUGCUGCUGGAUACGCUGAAAGAGCAAACAAAGCCAAGAAGCCAGUCAAGAUUAGUGCCCGAAGCCUUGCAAAGCCGGAAAGAAACGAGGUGAUGAAAGCUGCAGCAAAAGCUCGGGCAUCAUCCUCUAUUCUCCGACCAAUAGAUGCCCGCCAUGGCAAUGAAGCUGAUAUUAGCUCCAGUGGCAAUGCCAAUGUCAGGAGUAGCAUGAGUGUUGACUACAGUGCUACAAAGGAAUCGAGGAGUGAGAUGCUGCUGUUCCCUCUACGGAACUUGUAUCCGCAGAGUCUUGCCAGUUACGAUGACUAUGAGACUGGCACACAGACUGCAAACAGUUUAAACAGCCCGGUCCACAUCCACAAGUUUGCCCCUCAUGCUCAAUUUCGUGUAGCACCUCAUCCAGCUCCACCUCCUAAAAGGCCUGCGCUAGGGAUUACAAGGCCACAUGUUCCUGCCACACAUAUAAGUAACAACCCAAUGUUCCAGUCAGCCACAUCAUAUGUCAGGGAGAACCGAAGAGCCUCUGUUGUCUGGGAUCAAGAGGCUGGUCGGUACGUGUCAGUGCCCAUGCAAACAACAAGAACAGGGCCCGGUGUUGAGCUGCCUGCAAGAAACCCAAGUUUCUUGGUGAAUCCAAGUGGUGAACCAGGCAACCAUGGGAGAAAUCUUGCACCUGCCAACACAACUUCAUCAGCGAUUCCUUCGGGGCAGCUGUCCGAGAGGUUGACGUACACAGGCCAAUCAAUAUUCUUUGGCGGGCCAAUCCUGAGCACCACUGGCAUAAAUGAAGAAAGGAAUGAGGCGGGCACAAGAGUGCGUCCUGAGACAAGCAGAGAUCCCAACUCCCACCAGCGUGACAUCCGUGGUGAGAAGGCUCGGACAGGCUCCUUCCCGUUGUAUGAGCCUAGGAAUUUCUAGAAGAACCUGCUUUGAUGGCAAGUGACCUUGACUGGCUGUUUUACUCUUCUAUACUAUGUCGUCUGCUCAAGUGCCACCACCACGACAGUGGGGGUGAUGUUGAUGCACUGCACCCCAUGCAGAGUCAGGGAACUGCUAAAA